AUGGAAGUCAUUAAGGACAAUCUCGAAGUUGAAGGUCUUUUUACAACAUGUGGAAAUUUAAGAACGAGAAAAAAAAUUCAAACUUAUUUAUCGAGGGGAGACAUAUACACGUUAAGAAAUUGGGGUUUCGAAUUUGUUAUUGAAUGUGCGGCUGCAUUGAAAAUAUUUUUACAAAAUUUACCACAACCCCUGAUACCGAUGAGGAUACAACAAUUAGUCAUAGCUGAAAAUAUCGGGGUACCUGAAAAAACCAUAGCUUACGACGCUUUAGGAUUGUUAAAAGAAGAAGUUAAUGGACGACAUAAAGAACUUUUACUUGAAGUUUUUACUUUUUUAAAAGAAGCAGCCGUUAGGAUAAAUACAUCGGAACUUACGGGUUGCAAUUUACCACUUAAAUUAUUACCCGUUUUUUUUAAAAUCGAGUCGGCAGAUCCUAGAAAAUUUCGAGAUAUAGCAACGGUUUUUCACGAAAUAAUAAUGGAAGCUCCGGAACAUUUAAAAUCGCCAUGUCGGAAAAUUCCAUCUGGAGAACUUAAAAUGUUAGAAAGAUUUUUAUCACAGGAUAUGAGAAUGCCAAGUGUUACGCUGAUAAAUCCGCGAAGUGGUAGAAAUCAACCAACGGGAGAAAAUCCCGAAUGGAGGAUUCCUAUGCCCAGAGUCCCUCAAACUAGGUUGCAUCCGUGGUUGGGACGCGUGGAACAUUCAACUUUCGUAUAA